AAAAGCGCUAGAAAAACAUCAAUCACGUUACCUUCAAUUUCACUUUUUUCUCUGUUUUUGUUUAAUAAUUUUUUUGAAAGAAGCAGAAAAUUUCUCGCUUAGAAUUUCCAAAAUGCUCGUGUUUUUCUGUGGCGUGCCAGCUUUACUGCUCGUAACCUUCGUGAACUUCCUUUGCAUGAUGGGCGUCUUCUUGGUGUAAUAAAAGCGAUACCAUGUCCAAGUCAAGGGUGACGGCUGGGAAAUCUAAACCUGGCCCGUCAAGGCCUUUGGCGAAGAAAUUUCAAAUACCGGCGCUAAGUAUUCCGAUCAAGGAGCCCCCUUUAGACCCUGCGCUUGAGCGGUUAAAGAAAAAGACUGUUCGACGCAACGCGCCAGCAGGUGAAGAUAUAAAAAAGAUUAGGGAAAUUAUCAAGGGAUUAAAUAGGGAGGUGGUCACUGUGCAAGAGUUUGUUGCACUGGUAUCGCCACAUACUGGGGAUAAUGGUAAUGUUCUGCGAUCAGUCAUGGUGGAGGACUUGGCGAAUUUUCGGAAGCUAGCAAAGCAGGUGUAUGACACCAUGACCCAAGAUGUUAGUGAUGUAUUGGCCAACGAGCAAAUCAGAGUGACAGAUUAUUUUAAUGAGCGGUAUACGUUGAACAUGGACAAAAUGAUGAGAGGCAUUGAUGAAAUUUUUCGUUACUCUCCAAAUUUUGAUUUUGAUACUUAUUACACGGAUCCCGAUUAUUUGAAUAGAAUAUUUCCGUUGCCUAAAGAAGAAUUUAGUACAGUCGACCCGGAGGAACUCGCGAUGCAAAAACGUCAGGAAGUGUACCACCGAUUGCAGUGGAUGCGAUCGGAAGGUGCGCGCUUAAAUGAGGAGAACACUCAGCUGCAAGCGCGACUAAAGCAAUUAAAAAGACAACAAAAACAGGAACUAAUGAAGUCGUACAAACGGGAAGAAGAAGCCGAACAACAACGGAAUCAGUUGGAGGCAACCGAAGCACAACUGCAAAAUCGACUUGAGGAUCUCAACGAGUCUGUGGAAAGGGGUAUAAUACAAGGUGAAGAGGAACUUCGUUUGGCACAAGACGUAAAACUCUCAUUGCCUCCGAAACAACAGGCACGGGGUGGCAGAAUACCACCGAAACAGAAGCCCCGAAGACCGCCUUGGAAUGUUCGCACAGCAAAAUCUAUUGAAGAUCAGGGAAUGCAAGAGGCUGCAGAAAGUGCAGCGAGCACCGUAUCAACUACGUCAGUUUUGUCUAAAACAGGCGCGGUGAAAAAGGUGGCUAGACCUAGGAUCGUCAAAAAGAAGCCUCCACCCAAAACUAAAACGAAGAGAGAUCUUUCGCCCUUCCAUUACUCACCGCCACGAACACCACCUGAUCAAGCGGCUAGACCAAGUUCACCCUUUCAUUAUUCUCCGCCAAAGUCGCCUCCAGGCGCCAGAGCGAUGUCCCCUGAAGAGCGAAUACCCAGUCGCACAGUGCGCUAUGAGAACACCACGACAGUGGUCGAGCAGCUUCCCCCUGAACAAGCCGCAGGAAGGAUAUCUGGUAGAAGAAACCUCGCGCCUAGAGACACAUGGAGAGGAUUUCAAUAAAACAAAGACUGUCAUUAAAAAUAUUGCGUGUAAUAAAAAUUUAAAAUCA